AUGAGCUGUCGUGCACUUUCCGCAUGCGCCUGCGCAGUCCUUGCUGUUUUGUUGCUCGGGCUCUCCAUCUUGAUGUUUGCAGGAAAGCACCGGCGUUUCAUUGUCGCGACCGUGGUGGAAGAGUUAAGGCCCGUUUUGAAGAAGUCUGGCGUCAACGCGACGGUGGGAGAGCCGAAGCUGUCCGGAGCGCAACAAGCGCAACAUUCGCAACACGUCAGCGCGGAGGACUACUUGCAGGAUGUCGGUCAAAUAAGCCGACUCAACAGAGUCAUCUUCGUGCACGUGCCCAAAACCGGAGGAACCACGAUCGAGGAAUCAAGCCUGUUCCGCGACGCGCGCAAGUUUCACGCCACCGUUGGUCACAGUGACGCUGAAACACUGAGGCGCCGUGCCCCUCGCUUUCGCAGCUUCUCCAUCGUGCGGCAGCCCUGUGAACGAUUCUUAUCUGCGUUCACCUACAUCCGAACAAUUGCUCCCGAUGCGGAGUACUUGUGGUACAGGCGGAACGUGGCCGGAAGGGACCUGAACAGUUAUGUGGCUUCAAAGGACUUUGGGAGUCCCGCUUUUUUUCAGUUUCUGCAUUUCACUCCGCAGCACAAGUUUGUGUUCUUCUUGAACAAGACAUUUGGCGUGGAUCUGCUGCUCUGCCAAGACAACUGGACGAGAAGUGUGGAGAGACUACGUGAAUACUUGAAGCCGACUGUACUCCCGGCGGACAUCGUACGAAGGCACAAGCGACGCACAGAGCACUCGAAAUGCUCUGGCCUGCCCGAGGAAAUCCGUCGCAGGAUCGAGGCGGCGUACGCAAUGGACAUGUGCCUCUUCUUUCCAAAUAAAUCUGAAACAGCAUGUGGUCCUCUAACAGCCGGGCAACUCACUGGACGCUACAAGACGUGCAUGGAAAGCAUUGGGGACAAAAUCUGCUUUGCCGCAGCUAGGUGCGUUGAACUGCAAGGGAGGCAUGUUCUGGGCAUCCAAACUCCCUUGCAGUCUGCAUAUACCGCAUAUGUCAGGAUUGUUGCUAUUCGUUUGGGGGGGUUUGCGUUUCCUGUAAAGAACAGCAAUCGAAUGAUUCGUUUCCUUGAAAGUGUUCAUGCGUUUCGAUUCGACUCGUGUUGCGGUUCCUAG